GCAAAAAUGAUGUCAUCGGGACCCUUGGAUCCAUCAGAUGUCACGUUAUUCACUUCAUACCCCAGUCCCAUAGUUGUUCCGCUCGAAUUCAUAGAAGAACAGUCUAAAUCGUCGAGAGAAGAGCUGGAAAUUGAUGAAAGCGGUCUUUAUAUUAUGUCGAAAGCACUCGAAGAAUUCAUGCGAACAGUGAUGCGAGGAGCAACGCAGAAUGGUUCCCGACUUCUAGACUACGAUUCAAUUGCCGAGUUCUUUGCCAAUUCAGAGUUCAGGGCGCUGAAAGAUUUCUUCCCUGAAAGAGUCCGGUUCGAUGAAAUUGAAAGCGAAAUCUUACCAACUCGUGCCACAGGACCAUCUAACUCUUCAUGACUUAUUUUUUACAGUAAUUCUGUGAUGCACAUUUUCCAAAAAGAUUCACGUUUUUUUUUGAAUAAACAAUCUAACUCUC